AUACUGCCUUUUUAAAAGUCCCUUGUCAUUUUUUUUUUCCAUUUUUUUUUUUUUUUUUUUUUUUUUCGUUCUUUCUUGUGUAGCUACAUAAACCUAAUUAGAAAUGGAAGACACUCAUGACCAUGCCCAUGAGAAGGACUCGUUCGAACCUUUAAAGCAAGAAUUUUAUGAAGGAAAGCAUUUAUCAGCACCCGUCAAAGAAAUCGAAGACAAAUGGAAGUUAUUACCUGCUUUUUUAAAAGUCAAGGGUCUCGUUAAACAACAUAUCGACUCGUUUAAUUAUUUCAUCAAUGUUGAUCUUCGCAAGAUUAUUAAAGCCAAUGAAAAGGUCACUUCAGACGUCGAUCCUCAUUUCUACCUCAAAUACACAGGGAUUCGAGUUGGUAGUCCAGAACGUACAGACGCAGAUGUUGCCAACCGUAGUUACACACCACACGAAUGUCGUCUUCGUGAUUUGACUUAUUCAGCAAAUAUCUUUGUCGAUGUAGAAUACACCCGUGGUAGACAAAUUGUCAAGAGAAAGAACGUCAUGAUUGGUCGUUUACCCAUCAUGUUGCGUUCCUCUCACUGUGUCUUGACCGGUAAAACAGAAGCGGAUUUAGCUCGCAUGAAAGAAUGUCCCUUAGAUCCCGGUGGUUAUUUCGUCGUCAAAGGUACAGAAAAAGUUAUUCUUGUGCAAGAACAAUUGUCGAAAAAUCGUAUCAUUGUCGAUGUGGAUAAAAAGAACAAUAUCAUUGCCAACGUGCAGAGUUCCACGCAUGAACGUAAAUCCAAGACAGCCAUCUUUGUCAAACACAACAAAAUCUACUUAAAACACAACUCCAUCGCCGAAGAUAUUCCUGUCGCCAUUUUUAUGAAAGCUUUGGGUGUUCAAUCUGACCGAGAAAUUGCACAAUUGGUCUGUGGUAACGAUCAUGAUUUAAACGACGUCUUUGCCAUUAAUAUUGAAGAGAGUUCUCGUUUACGUGUAUUUACACAAAUGCAAGCGCUGGAUUAUAUCGGUGGAAAAGUGAAAGUAAAUCGUAAAUUAUCUACUGUGCGUAAAACACUUGCGGAAGAAGCAUUGGAAGUCCUGGCUACCGUCAUUUUAGCCCAUGUCCCUGUCGAGAAUUUAAAUUUCAGAGAAAAGAGUAUUUAUGCUGCCGUUAUGAUUCGUCGUGUCCUUGUGGCCAUGACUGAUGAAGUUCAAGUCGAUGAUCGUGAUUAUGUCGGUAACAAACGUUUGGAAUUAGCAGGUCAAUUACUUUCCUUGUUGUUUGAAGAUCUUUUCAAGAAGUUCAAUUCAGACUUGAAAUUAAACGCCGAUAAAGUCCUCAAAAAACCAAACCGAACACAAGAAUUUGAUAUCUUUAAUCAAUUGGUCUUGCAUGGUGACCAUAUCACAAGUGGCUUUAUUCGUGCCAUCUCCACUGGUAAUUGGGUUUUAAAACGUUUCAAAAUGGAUCGUGCUGGUAUCACUCAAGUCCUCUCACGUCUCUCUUAUAUCUCUGCUUUGGGUAUGAUGACACGUAUUUCAUCUCAAUUCGAAAAGACCAGAAAAGUUUCAGGUCCAAGAGCUUUACAACCUUCUCAAUGGGGUAUGCUUUGUCCCUCUGAUACACCUGAAGGUGAAGCAUGUGGUCUUGUCAAGAAUUUAGCUCUAAUGACUCAUAUUACCACCGAUCAAGAAGAAGAUCCUAUCCGUAAAAUCGCUUUUGCCCUGGGUGUAGAAGAUGUCAACCUUUUAACUGGUGCCGAAGUCUAUCAACCCAACACAUUUAUUGUCCUGAUGAAUGGUGUCAUCUUGGGUGUCACACGUCGUGUCCAACAAUUCGUGCGUAGUUUCCGUCGUCUUCGUCGCGCCGGUCGUGUAUCCGAAUUCGUCUCGGUUUUUGUGAAUACACAUCAAAGAACCGUCAACUUAUCUUCCGAUGGUGGUCGUAUUUGUCGUCCUUUGAUUAUUGUAGAGAAAUGUGUGCCUGCUGUCAAACAACAUCAUGUGAAUGAUUUAAUCGCAGAGAAGUUAACCUUUGAUGAUUUCCUCAAGAAGGGUCUUGUGGAAUAUGUCGAUGUGAAUGAAGAAAGUGAUGCCAAUAUCGCUGUUUAUGAAAAGGAUAUUAUACCCGAAACCACUCAUCUUGAAAUCGAACCUUUUACCAUCUUGGGUGCUGUUGCAGGCUUAAUUCCUUAUCCUCAUCAUAACCAGUCCCCACGUAACACUUAUCAAUGUGCAAUGGGUAAGCAAGCUAUUGGCGCUAUUGGUUACAAUCAAUUAAAUCGUAUCGAAACCUUGAUCUAUCUCAUGGUCUAUCCUCAACAACCCAUGGUCAAAACAAAAACCAUUGAAUUAAUCGGCUACGAUAAAUUACCCGCUGGUCAAAAUGCUACCGUGGCUGUUAUGAGUUAUUCUGGUUACGAUAUUGAAGAUGCCUUGGUUCUCAAUAAAUCCGGUUUGGAUCGUGGUUUUGGUCGCUGUCAAGUCAUGAGAAAAUAUGCAAACUUGGUCAAACGUUAUCCUAACGGUACUCACGAUCGUUUAGCAGAUCCUCCUGCACGCAAUUCAGAUCUUUGGAACGAUUCGUUUGACGCUGUGGAAGCUGAUGGUAUUGCUGGUGUUGGCGAGCCUCUUGAAAUGGGAUCGGUCUUUAUCAAUAAACAAGUCCCUGUCAGUACAGGUAUUGAUGCUAAUGUGCCCGGUGCAUCUCAAAGUGUGGCCUAUAAACCUCAAGCACAACGUUACAAGUCACCUCAAACAGGUUAUGUUGAUAAGGUCUUGUUCACCACGACCGAAUCCGAUCAAACCUUGAUUAAGGUCAAUAUUCGACAAACACGUCGUCCUGAAUUAGGUGAUAAAUUCUCUUCUCGUCACGGACAGAAGGGUGUGUGUGGUAUUAUCGUUCAACAAGAAGAUAUGCCAUUUUCCGAUUUAGGUGUUUGUCCAGAUAUCAUUAUGAACCCUCAUGGUUUCCCAUCACGUAUGACGGUUGGUAAAAUGAUUGAAUUAUUAGCAGGUAAAGCUGGUGUCUUGGAUGGUUCCUUACAAUACGGUACGGCCUUUGGUGGAUCCAAGGUGGAGGAUAUGAGUCGUAUCUUGAUCAACCAUGGAUUUAAUUACGCUGGUAAAGAUUACGUGACUUCUGGUAUCACUGGAGAACCAUUAUCUGCUUAUAUUUAUUUUGGACCUAUUUAUUAUCAAAAAUUGAAACAUAUGGUUAUGGAUAAGAUGCAUGCGCGUGCUAGAGGACCUCGUGCUACACUUACACGUCAACCCACCGAAGGUCGAUCGAGAGAUGGUGGUUUACGUUUGGGAGAGAUGGAACGUGAUUGUUUGAUUGGUUAUGGUGCGAGUAUGUUACUGCUUGAACGUUUAAUGAUUUCUUCUGAUGCGUUUGAGGUGAAUAUUUGCGAUAAAUGUGGUUUGAUUGGUUACGCAGGUUGGUGUCAGUUCUGUAAGAGUUCUAAACAUAUGAAGACCAUGGAAAUACCCUAUGCUGCUAAACUGCUUUUCCAAGAAUUAAUGGCAAUGAAUAUCUCGCCACGUAUGAUCUUGGAAGAUGCCAUCUAGACAUAUCACACACAAACACACACACACACACACACACCAACCCACCUUUUGUAAAUAAAAUAUAUUUUUUCUUUUUUGACCUUU